AUGGCCAGUACAAGUCAAAUACAAGCUGAGGCGACAGGAGCAGAUAAUGAAAUUCGAAUGAUUUUACUCGGUAGAACUGGCACAGUCGGUAACACCAUUCUUGGCGGAAAGUUUUUUCAGGCAAAAAAGGCUCCAAUUGGUGUCACAACGCAAUGCGGUUCUGGUGCUCGAAACUUUGAAAAUAAAAGGUUAUUUAUUGUUGAUACACCCGGGUUUCUCGAUCCUAAUGUAGCAGACGCGGUAAUUCAGCACGAAGUUGGUAAAUCGUAUCAAUUAACAGCGUUUCCUGGACCACAUGUUUUCUUACUUGUACUUGAACCAACCAGAAUGUUGCCUCAAGAAGCUGUAGCAGUCGAGUAUCUUAGCAAAAUCUUUGGUCCAAGUGCGAUUAACCAUACGAUCAUUAUUUUCACUGGAGGCGAUCAAUUUGAGGAUGAAGAAACUACAUUAGAUAACUAUCUAUCACAGUUACCAAAAGAUGCUCCGCUGAAGAAACUUCUGCAACAAUGCAGUCAACGCUAUUUGUGCUUUAAUAAUAAGGGAACGGAGCAGCAGAAAAGUGAGGCUGUCAGAAAUUUACUUGAACGAAUCGCAGAUAUGAUGUCGAAAAACCACGGCAAAGAAUAUACGACAGAUAUAUUUGCAGCUCUUGCCAAAGAGAUUGCGAAAGAAAAGGCCAAAGGAACCUUCCAUCCAGUGAAACCCGAUGGAUCCUAUGCUUUACUUCCACAAACAAAGGAAAUUGUUAUCGAUGGUUAUCUGCGUCGAACUGUCGGCAGAAGAGCCAAUUGA